AUGUCAACUCCUAGCGCUACGCUGAUCGAAGUCCGAGACUAUGGAUCCAGUCCAGACUUAUUCCGCCGACGCUCAUCCGAGCUGGCCGACUGGGACGACCUCGUCGAAUUCACAUUCAACGCGUUCAACCGCGACGAACGCUAUUUUAAAAUGCACCUCCAUUUUUCUCGAGAAACGCAGUGUGUGGAGGACGAACUGUUGACGAAGGAGGAAUGGAAUGACGGUGUAUACUUCACCGGCGCCAAUAGGCGGUUCUUUGCUCAUUUCGUCACGAGGACUCGAGGUGAGCCUCGGGGCUACUGUAAGAGGAGGGAGCCAUCACCCACACCAGCACCAGACAGCCCUUCCCCUUCCCCUGAGCCGAGGUCGCCUUGGACGCAGCCGCCACUGGGAACUUUCAACGAGCAGGGGGUUCUUCAGCCGUUUUCCCCUCCAACGUACGAUAUAUCAGCUGUAUCUGGUCCUACACCUACACGACGUCCAGCGACACGUCCUGUAGGUGGACCUCGACGUGGACGUGGACGAGGACCUGGGCGCGCGCAACAACCAACUCGACAACCUAUACCCAGGCCAGUACCACCACCAGCUCAACCCAUUCCAGCCGUCCGUCGACGGACGUCUCAGCGUCAAAACAACAACUCGACCAACAUAUACACCAUUGGUCCACCAAUACCGGCUGUCCGAUACCCAAACUCAAGGUAUUUCUCCUCACCUUUCACCUUCAUCCCCUUACAGCCUGCUCCACCGCGACCACGAACACAUGCUCAACAGUACAAGACCCCUCUUCCAAGUUCAGACGUACCGGUAUCUAGACCCGCGGCUGCGACAUCAGCUCCGGCAGUUACCCUACGUGCUCCUGUUGCUCCAAUGUUGCCUCCUCGACCAGCUGUUCGCCAACCGGCUGGUAGAUCUCCAGCGCGUCAGCCGACUACAGGAAGCACAAGCCAUCAGCCAAUCGAGAUCUCAUCAGCAUCGUCGUCGUCAAGUGGUGACUCCAGUAUGGAUGUAGACUCCGAUCAACAUCCGGGCUCCCAUCAGCCCACCACACCCCUACCGCCACCGCCGCCGCAGGAUGGGGACGAUAACAUGGACCUCUACGCCGACCCACGUUUCGACUCCGACUACAAUGCAUGCCCCUCGUCGUCCUCCGCCUCUGACGCGCAAAACACACCCCUUCCCCCACCAACGUUCGACGAAUAUGAGAACCUGCAGUACCCUGUCGUCCGGUCUUCACCGCAACAACAAUAUGAAGGGCAAACAGAUGAUGAGGAAGAAGACCUUACCCUUCACUCAGCACUCUACCCAGGCUCAGAGUUUGAACAACCACCAGAUGACCGGGUCGAAGAUGAGCAGAUGUCUGUUGCGCCUACGUCACCCGGAUCAGGCGGCCUGUUCGUGCGGGAUGAGAAUGAGACGGGAAAUUUUGAGGCGGCAUUGGCGUGGGAGGAUGAUGGUGGGGAGCAGUCCGAGAUGAAACGAGAUGAGGAUGAACAGGAACAAGUGCGUCUCGACGAGGAUGAGCAGAGUUCUGUUGCACCUUCCUCGGCUAUACCACCUUGGGCGAGUACAGGUGGUCUGUUUGUGUCGGACGUAAGUGAGACGUGGAGAUUUGCGGAGACCUUGGAGUGGGAGAAGGAGCAUGAUACUGAUGAUGACGGUGAGGAGAUGGAGGAUGAACGAAAGGGCGAUGUAAAUGCCGGAAGACGACAGAUCGGCUAGAACGUUUUACUAAAUGUAG